AUGCUGAAGGUCAGUGACAGUAUAACAUUUGUAGUGCGCAUGAAUAUGUGUGUAUGUAGCAAUUACCAUAUUAGACCAGACUCGCGUUUAUUGCCACCUUUUUAUCGUCAGUCUGAUAUGUUUUGAAAUACGUCCCGACGUUUCUCGUAAUUAGCUGAAAAUGUUUUCUAAUUAGAUUCCCACUCGUCUCCCCAACUAUGUACAAUUAUCAACCUUUACGAAACUAAGUAAUUUACCUUGACUUUGGAGCCUUGCCAAUUUGUGACGAUUGCAUGUAUACAGUAAUUUGACAACUUGCUUUUAGUAGAUUUCAUCUGUUAGCAAUUACUUAAUUUUAAUAUACACAAAUAUCUUUUAAAUUAUCUGUCAGUCCAGGUUUAUGAAAUUUUAAUAUUCACAAAAUAAACGCUCCAAGUGGCAGAUCUCAUUCCUUAAAGUGCCUAUCACCCAAUUUUUUUUAUUUUACAAUUUGAAAGUGGAGCAUACUAGUAAUGAUAUUUUUCGGAAAUAAAAACAUUUUUACCCUUUUUUAAUGCUUUUUCUCAGUCAAAACAGUGUGAAAAUAGUGCAUUUUUUAAAUAUCUAAGCUUUCUGGCCGUGCGAAGUGAUUUACGAAGAGAUUGGGCCUAGUGACGUAGCACGAGGGACUCGCAUUUUGCAAUUUGUAUUUACAUCUAUUCCGCUACUAGCUUUACGCGCAAAUUUCUUCGAGUUUUAUAAAAGAAUAUGCCUAAUAGAUGUGUAGCUGGUGGUUGUUCUAAUGUUCCUGACCCUUCACAAAAUAUCGGUCUUCAUAAAUUUCCCGAAGAUAACGAUUUAGAGAAGAAAAGACGACGACUUUGGGUUGCAUUUGUGCGGACAAAACGUGCAAAAUGGUCGCCAACAGCAAACUCCCGGCUUUGUUCACAGCACUUUCAAACCGAAGAUUUUGAAAGUCCAUUUGUGACUAUACCUGGAACGGAUUUCGUUAGUCGAUCAGUAUUACGAAAAGGUGCUGUUCCUUCGAUUCAUAAGACUCCUGAACCCAGCAAUUACGACAAACAUGGCCAAAGCCAAGACAGUGUCGAUCCGACUCAUCCAAGUUCAACGAGAAAGCAUCGCCGUGUAAGUACAAUAUUCUUUAUUCACUCCGCUUUAUUCAUUCACGCAUUCUGUAUAGUCAACUCAGUAAACUCACAAACAUGCCCUUCUCGUUUGGAUAGGCUGUAAGAGAACUACUAAAAGAAAAUGUUGCCAAAACCAGUGAGGCUGAAGCUAGUACCUCAACAACAUCCACUACUGACGAGCCUGGCUUGGUUGAUGAUCAAACGGUGACAUCUGACAGCCUUUAUCCCGUCCAACAACCUUUAUCUGUAAGUUGAACGAUUCAAAUUUGCAAAUUUACCAUUAGAAAUAUGUUUGCUGAAAAUAUAUCACAAAUUUUUCAAUUAUUAUUUUCUAGACUGAAGAGGCUUCCUGCCAAACACCAGAGUGUUUAGGUUGUAAGAAAUUGAAAAGCCAAAACCGCCAACUCUGCAAUAAGAUUAUUGAUCUUAAACUAAAAAUCCAAGUCAAGGAGGCUGCAAUACAAAAACAAAAAGGUGAGAAUACCUCAACAUCAAAAGCACAACAAUUUUCAUGGGUAGAAGCACAACAAUUAUCAUUGAACUAGACACAAAUAGUUCUAGGGGUGAGGUUUUUCAGGAGGUGCAUUAUUCUAUCACUACAAAGUGCUGUGCACAGUCUUUCAAAGUGUAAUGUUAUAUUAGUGCUCUAUACUAUAGUUAGCAUCUUCUACUACAGAGAGUAUAGAUGAGAGUAUGGCCAAAGUAGCUGCUAUGGAGGAGAAAUUAGAAGACGAAACCUUUGUAAGCAGUGAUGAAGAAAUGGACAUUGAAGAGGAGCCUGAUUAUUCAGAAGUUUCUUCUCCUGAACAUAGCUUGGCUUCUGGUACUGAAUCUGCUCCAGAAGCAGAUUUGUCAGAAUCAGACUUGUCUUCAGAUGAUGAAGAACCACAAGUUAUAAAGUAAGUUUAACCUGUUAAAUGGCAGCACUCCUCCCUAGCUUGAAAAGCAAAAUCAUCUGGCGUUAGACAGAGUUAAAAAUAAAGUAGGGCACAUCAGUGUACAUACAGUACAUCAAGGCUUUCCAUCAGGGCAUUAAAGUUUUUAAAAUUUUCUAUGGGCAGUUCCUGCAGUAAAUUGUACACAUACUGUAAUAAAAUGUUAACAUAUUAAUAAAAAUAUGUCAAGUACUGUAGCUAGAAGGAGUAAUCUGUUAUGGGAAUGUAAAAUCUAUCCCAUGAAGAUCACAAACUUAAUCGUCUCCUCUCGCCAAGGAAAAGUCAAGUAGCUAGAAGGAACACAAGAUCCAAUAAAGAUUAUUCUCACAAUUUUUAUAGUAAAAUUAGCAGAUUUAAGAACAGCCCAAUUUCAUAUGCUGUAAAUAUUUUUAAUAAUAGUCAGAAGUGGGAAAUCUAUACAUUUUAAUUACUAGUAAAAGAAAGCUUAUUGUAAUAGGAUAUAUAUCACUUUGUAAAUUGCAUAGAAGUUUAGCCUUGGUUAUAUUGUGUGUAAUUUAUUCCCAGUAUAAUAAUAAUUAUAGUAUUAUUUAGAACUGUUGAGCAUGUUCUAGAAGUCUUGAAUUAUGUUUAUUAAUAGAUAUAUUUUGUUGUUCUCAUUGUUAUAGGACUCCAGAUAAUUCAGAAAACUUACGAACCGAGCCAAAGUUCAUUGUGUUCUUGUCUCAACUACUGCUCCUAUUCAACGUAUGUCCAGCUUGUAAAUCAGAGAAGCCCUUUAUUGAAACGAGUGUUCUUGGUACUAUGGUUAAAAUAACAACAAAGUGCUUUAACCCUGACUGUUCAUCUCCCGAGAAUACCUGGAAAAGUCAGCCAAUCAUGACAGGAACAAAAAUGCCAGCAAUGAACUUCCUGCUCUGUUUUUCAGUCCUGGUGUCUGGUGCUUCACCAUCCAAAAUAUUUCUAGUUUUCAAGAAUUUUGGAUUAUCUUGCAUUUCCUUGAAGACUUACUUCAAACAUCAGGCUGUGAGUAUAUGGCUAUAUGCAGAUGGGGGACUACUUCAUGUAUGCCAAUUUUUAGGUCCUGACACAGGGUCAGGGUGUGUAUACAUGAACUACUGGCUUUAGUUACAUAUAAUGUAACUGCAUGACACAUUUUUAACUAUUUCUUUAGAACAAACUCUUUCCCACUGUGCAUUUGUACUGGAAGAAAUACCAAGAGAAAAUGAUGGCCAAGCUGAAAGCAACAGAACAGUCUCUAGUCAUUGCUGGUGAUGGCAGGCAUGACAGCAUGGGUCACAGUGCCAAAUACUGUGCCUACACUUUGUUCUGUUGCACAGUUCCCCUCAUCAUUGAUUUUUCCUUGGUUCAGGUAGGCAUAGACACCCACAUUUUAUGUACUUACUGUAGCUUUUCCAAGUGGAAAAUAAGUCAUUUUAUCAUUAUAUUAGUUACAGAAACAGUUAGGUAACUGUAAAGUAAAUGGCAAAAGUGAAUGUUGCAGAGAUAAAAACAUGGCUGACUCUUUUAUUGACAAAUGUGAAACCUAA